CGCUGUUGGUUCAGCAGCUCGGCGCGCGCGGCGCUCAAGGUGGCCAGGAGAAAAAGUAGCGGCAGGUGAGAGAGAGAGAUUAGUGCGCGAGAGACAGCAGCUCGUGAGUUAGUGACAGUGAGUGAGUUAGUAAGUGAGUUAGUGAGUCUCGAGCUGUUUGAGUAGCUGGAGUAACGUUAGUUUAAACGCAUCACUGAAACUCUCUUUAUCUCAUAAUGACAAUAAUGAGUCUCGCGCUCGUCCUGGCGUCUCUCCUCGCUCUCUCGCGCGCACCUGCAGUCAGUGGACAGGUGGAGCAGGAGAACCGGUACCUCUGCACCGCCGUUCCCCUCGGCAAGGACCCGAGCUGCCCGCUGCAGCCCGCAAGCGUCUCGAGCGGCACUUCUCAGGAGGAGGAGCUGAGGAACACGGUGAUGCAGCUCAGAGAGACCAUCCUGCAGCAGAAGGAGACCAUAGUCAACCAGCUGGGAACCAUCAAGGAGCUGACCUACAAACUGUCCCGCUGCGAGUCCGCCUCCUCAGACGACUCUGGCUCCUGGAGGAACAGCAAGGACACCAUGGACGACGUUCCCAGAGACCCCAACGAGACCAUCGACGGUCUGGGGAAGACCAUGCAGAGUUUGAAGGACCGCCUGCAGAAUCUGGAGCAACAGCAGAUGCGAGCCAAUCUCUCUGGAGCUUCGUUCCCCAACGAGCUGCGAGACCUGCUGCAGCGCAGGCUGGGGGACCUGGAGAGCCAGCUGCUCAAAAAGGUCAACGAGCUGGAAGAGGAGAAAUCACAACUGUACAAUGAGACAGCUGCCCAUCGGCAGCGCACUGAGAACACCCUCAACUCGCUCAUGAACAGAAUCUCUGACCUGGAGAAAGGAAAUACCGGCUUCAGGUCUCCUGAGGAUUUUAAGCUCUCCUUACCCCUGCGCACCAACUACCUUUUUGGACGAGUGAAAAAAAGCCUGCCUGAAAUGUACGCCUUCACCGUGUGCAUGUGGCUCAAGUCCAGUGCCAGCCCUGGCAUCGGGACCCCAUUCUCCUAUGGGGUACCUGGCCAGGCCAACGAGAUUGUGCUGAUCGAAUGGGGGAACAACCCAAUGGAGCUACUCAUCAAUGACAAGGUGGCUCAGUUACCUCUGUCUUUAAGUGAUGGGAGAUGGCACCAUAUAUGCAUUACCUGGACCACCAGAGAUGGGCUGUGGGAGGCUUAUCAGGAUGGUCAGAAGCUGGGCUCAGGGGAAAAUUUAGCACCAUGGCACCCGAUCAAACCUGACGGAGUUCUUAUCCUGGGACAGGAACAGGACAUGGUCGGGGGGCGCUUUGAUGCUACCCAGGCCUUCGUGGGGGAGCUGAGUCACUUCAAUAUCUGGGACCGGGUGCUGCGACCCAUAGACAUCAGCAACAUCGCCAACUGCUCCUCCUACAUGCCCGGCAAUGUGGUGGCCUGGGCCGACAGCGACGUGGAGGUGUUUGGCGGAGCCUCCAAGUGGCCGCUGGAGCUGUGUGAAGAUCGGCUCUUUGACAAUUAAUUAAAGAGUUUUUGGGAAAAAGAACUUCUGUCUUUCAGAGAGACUUUAAGUCUCUGUUCAUGUGCUUUGUGAUGGACUGCUAGUCUCUUAGUAGACUGAAUAUCAGAACAGUGUAACUUAUGUGGUGUAACUGCUUUGUUUGAUAAUCUCUCCUUCUAUCUAAUGCCUCUCUCUCUCUCUCUCUCCCUCCAUUGCAAAGCCUGUGGAUUUGACUGCUAAAAAUGUGCUUGCUGGUCUUGUAGGCCAAAAGCUGGCAGAUUAGCUUUGAAUGUUCUCACCUUUAGCUCUGACUCAUGAGCUUAUGAUCACCUGCUGCCCUUCAGCAGUGAAUUUAGUGAUUGUGUACGUUUAGUCCAAUCUAUAAACGGCCCAUUUAUAGAUUUCUUUAAAAAAGGAACAUGUACAUAGUUUAAACAGUUCCUGUUCAUAAAAUCAUAACUCCUACAGUCCAAAUGUGCAGAUCAAGCCACAAAACCCACCAUUUAUGACUGUAAUGUCACAGAAAACGUAAAUAUAUUUACCUAUAUCCACCUAUUUAGCAAUUGAGAGUGGUUUAUAGAUAGACUUUUACAUAUAUUAUAUGUUAUUAUAUGUUAUAUUAUAUUUAUACAGACACACACACACACACACACACACACA